AUGGUGCAAAUGGAACCGCAACCCCGGCAGAAUAAGCUCAACCUCGACCGCCACCUGGCGCUUACCUGUAGGCGGAAUUCUACCGUGUUGUCCUCGGGCACCUAUUGGGGCCAAUUCGAGGAGAUUGGCAAGUACAAUGCCAACCUCAACGUCGCCGAGAAACUAUGGGCCGCAUGGUAUGCCUGGAUGCAGAAUGAUGUCCUAGCCACCGGCAUCAUGUCAUUUGCCAUGCACGAGCUUGUCUACUUCGGCCGCUCGCUGCCAUGGAUCUUUAUCGAUAGUCUCGGCCUUUUCAAGCCCUACAAAAUUCAGAGUAGCAAAAUCCCAUCCUUGCGAGAACAAUGGGACUGCGCCAAGUUCGUCCUACUCAGUCAUUUCACCGUCGAGCUGCCCCAGAUUUGGCUCUUCCACCCGAUGGCCCAGUUCUUCGGUCUUUCCACUUCGAUCCCAUUCCCUUCUCUUUGGACCAUGGCCUACCAGAUUGCGAUCUUCUUUGUGAUGGAGGACACAUGGCACUACUUCUCGCACCGUGCCCUCCACUGGGGUCCCCUCUACAAGGCAAUUCACAAGAUUCACCACCAGUACUCGGCUCCGUUUGGUCUGGCGGCCGAGUAUGCCUCUCCGAUUGAGGUCAUGAUCCUGGGAUUUGGUACCGUGGGUUGCCCGAUCCUCUGGUGUGCCUUCACCGGUGAUUUGCACAUCCUCACCAUGUACAUCUGGAUCGUGCUGCGCUUGUUUCAGGCUAUAGAUGCCCACAGCGGCUAUGAAUUCCCCUGGAGUCUGCAUCAUUUUCUUCCCUUCUGGGCCGGUGCCGACCACCAUGAUCUCCACCAUGAAAAGUUCAUCGGCAACUACUCCAGCAGCUUCCGGUGGUGGGACUACCUUCUUGACACCGAGUAUACCCCUGAUGCCCUGAAGCGCCGGAGGGAGAACAAGGUGUCUACGAAGAAGGCCCAGUAA